GGCAGCAGCCGCGGGGCCCGGGCGAGCAUGUAGCGGCAGCGGGCGGCGCGGGGCUCCCGGGGCGGGCCGGGCCGCGGGGGCCGCUCGCGGCGACAUGGAGGAAGAGGGCAAGAAGGGCAAGAAGGACAGGACUCAUCGAGCUGCCAGAGAACCAGUAGACCAGAGUGGAUUUCAUAUAAAGUGCACAGUUGUCACAGUGAUUCUUCGAUGGCAGUGUUGCACCCUGGGGUGAGGAGGCCGGAAGACCACUGCAGGAGGGCUACCUGAUUCUGCUCUGCAGGGGCAGCUUUUAGAAAGAAGGAGAAAGCGGAGUCCAGACAGUACCCAUGGUGCCCUGUGUGUCUAAAGAGAGGGAGGGCUAACAUCUGACCAUAUUUUUCAACAAGCUCAGAAGUGAACAGAGGAGAAUGCACAGUAACUAUCGGCAGAGGGGGAGGAACCAGAAUUCCUCCAGAGAAAUUCCUCCUCACACAGACUUUCCAGCGGGGUGUUCCAUGGAGAACGAGCCUGGAAUUGUGUCGCCGUUUAAACGAGUAUUCCUAAAAGGUGAAAAGAGUAGAGAUAAGAAAGCCCAUGAGAAGGUGACAGAGAGGCGCCCUCUGCACACUGUGGUGCUGUCCCUGCCUGAGCGCGUCGAGCCCGACAGACUGCUGAGCGACUAUAUCGAGAAGGAGGUGAAGUACUUAGGUCAGUUAACAUCCAUCCCAGGAUACCUGAAUCCCUCCAGUAGGACUGAAAUCCUGCAUUACAUAGACAAUGCAAAGAGAGCCCACCAGCUCCCCGGACACCUGACCCAGGAGCAUGACGCUGUGAUCAGCCUGUCUGCCUACAACGUCAAGCUGGCCUGGAGGGACGGGGAGGACACCAUCCUCAGGGUCCCCAUCCAUGACAUCGCCGCCGUGUCCUACGUGCGGGAUGACGCCUCACACCUGGUGGUCCUAAAGACAGCCCAGGACCCCGGCAUCUCCCCCAGCCAGAGUUUGUGUGCAGAAAGUUCCAGAGGCCUCACCGCAGGCUCCCUGUCAGAGAGUGGAGUGGGGCCUGUGGAGGCAUGCUGCCUGGUGAUCCUGGCCGUGGAGAGCAAGGUCGCCGCAGAAGAGCUGUGCUCCCUGCUCGGCCAGGUCUUCCAGAUCGUGUACACGGAGUCCACCAUCGACUUCCUGGACAGAGCCAUAUUUGACGGGGCCUCGACACCCACCCACCACCUGUCCCUUCACAGUGACGACUCUUCCACAAAGGUGGACAUGAAGGAGUCCUACGAGACGGAAGCCAGCACUUUCUCCUUCCCCGAGUGUGCGCAUGCAGGCGGCGUGUCGCCCUUGUCCUUCUGCACGCAGACGGCGCCCCACGCCAAGACGGUCAGUGAGAGCGAGCUGAGCGCCACGGCCGCCGAGCUGCUGCAGGACUACAUGCUCACGCUGCGCACCAAGCUGUCGUCGCAGGAGAUCCAGCAGUUCGCAGCGCUGCUGCAUGAGUACCGCGACGGAGCCUCGGUGCACGAGUUCUGCAUCAACCUGCGGCAGCUCUACGGGGACAGCCGCAAGUUCCUGCUGCUUGGUCUGCGGCCCUUCAUCCCCGAGAAGGACAGCCAGCACUUCGAGAACUUCCUGGAGACCAUCGGGGUGAAGGAUGGCCGCGGGAUCAUCACCGACAGCUUCGGCAGGUACCGCCGGGCCAUGAGCUCCACCUCCACCUCCACCUCCAACGGGAACAGGGCCGCGGGCAGCUCUGACGACCAGUCCGCGCCCUCGGAGGGGGACGAGUGGGACCGCAUGAUCUCGGACAUCAGCAACGACAUCGAGGCGCUGGGCUGCAGCAUGGACCAGGACUCGGCCUGAUGGCGCCGGGACCCCGCCAGCCGCCCUCCCCGCGUGGGGCCCCGGGCGCAGGUGGCUCUACUGUGAAGGAGGCACCCUGGUGCUGGGGCGGAAGGCCGCACUGCGCCCCCCUGCAUGCCACCCUGCCUCGGGAGGGGGUCUUGUCAGCCAGACCCCGGACAGCUGUCAUUUUGCACAUGACGUUUCUAUUGAAACUCUCAGAGACCUUAAAAGAAGUUUACCGCAAUGUGAAU